AUGGCUGCCAGACUUUCCAGAGGUCUGCUUCAAGCUAAUUGUCGCCGUAUCGGUGGCCUUUCUUUGCGCGCAACACCUCGCAUUGCCAUUGCCAGCUCCAGUGCCAGUACUGGUUUCUUGGCCCGCCGUAAUGUGCGGAACACCGCGCCUUGGACUUCGCGCGUCCCACAGGUGAACUUCGCCCGGUAUGCUCAUACGGACUCUGGCCCAUCCGAAGAGCCACAGGCUGCCAUUCCCUCUGUCGUCGAGGUCAAGGGCAACCCCGUAACUGAGAAACAUUGGACGAGUCAGGAGUUACCAACUGUGGAUCCUUUGAUUGAGCCCCAGACCAUCCACCACUUUAUUGAACUCCUCGCAUCCGGUGUUCUUCCUAAUGGGAAGAGAACCGAUUUGCCUUUGCUCAAUCGAGAUGAGAUUGAUCUUUUUAUGGCCCCAAGCACCCAAUGGGCGCCCGCUCCGUUUAACAAGAGCGAUCUCCCGGCGAUAUACAACAUGAUGAGCCGUAUUCUCAGCGUGGAAUCCAACGCGCUAUGCCAGGUCGGAUUCAAUAUCCACACAGUCAAAAAUCGCCUGUGGGAGGGACUCGUUCCGGUCUCCGCUGGGCGCUGGCUCGAGAAGGAUCUCAACAACCCUGCCCAUUUCGAUAUUGCACAUGAAUAUCUGACAUCUGUGAUUGCUGUUUUCGAGUACCUGAACAUAGGACCGCUCCGCAACAAAAUGCGCGACUCGUUUAACCGGAUGUCGGAUGACUUGCAAGAUAUGCAGGAUGCUCUGAACGCCCGGCGCAAGGCGCAAGAUCCCUCGCUCCCGGAGAUCAACCUACCUGCGCUCUGGAUGGAAUUCUUUCACGCAAAGUACGAGGUUAUGACUAGCACCUCCCAUUCCUGGGUUAUGGCCCGUCUUUCUGAGAUGCGGGAGCGUUUGGUGAACGACUUGAUGGCUCUCUCGCCCGAUGAUACAGACAGCCCCGAAUUCAAGAAGUUUACGGAGCGGUGGCAGGCUCUCAUUUCAGUCGGUUCAAUGGCUGAUUUGAACAUCUGGAUGUUCAUGGACGGGUAUAAUGGCUACCAAGCACCAUCCGAAGUGGUUGGUGGACUACACCAGCCCGAUCUAAGGAACAUUGACGUAAACUCCGAGCUCAACAACCUCAUGUGGGAGCGGCUAAGACAGCGCAUUGAGGCCCAGGAUGAGGCCGCAAAGGUUCAGGGCCCCGAAGUUAAAAACCUCGAGCCAGCCCGCCGUGAGCGCAUCUCUGUCACUACAGAAGUCCAAGAUGAACUGCGGACAAAGAUCCGCGGCGCAUCGCCGCCACAGCCGCCAUCUGCAGUCCCUUGGAUUCAGCUCGUUCUUCGGGGCCAGCAGUCAGUCUUGCGACAGCCUGAAUCAGAAAGAUCGAAGUAUGGCUUUGGCUUGGCGAUUUAUCGCUCAGCGUACGACAUGUCUGAUGAGCAGUGGGAGACGCUACGUCGUGACGUGGAGGCCCAUCUUUCCGCUUGGGGAAAUGGCGUGCCGGGAGCCGACGAAGUCAAGCCUCUGUUCAAGUUGCACUGGUUUGACUGUAAGGAUCUUGGUGUCGACACCAAGGAUCCAUCGGCUGUAGUAGAGGCUGCAAAGAAGCACUUCCAAGAAAUCCGGAGCUCGGGUGGGUACGAGCGUAAGAUUGACGGCUCUGCUUUCCUCCUGGUCGAUCCUUGGACAGUAGCAUCAUAUACAAACAAGGAUGCCGCCCCUCUCGCGACCGAACCAGGAAAUCUCCCGGGCGACUUCCAGCCCCAUGUCCUCGCCAUUGAUGCAGACUUUAAACCCAGAGAUACCCCCGAAACCGAAAAGAACGACGAAAGCGCCAAGUCCGAGACCGACGCCGACGCGAACAAGCAACCUCAGCCCGCCGAAUAUCAAGGCCAUGUUCGCAUUCAAGGCAACCUUGUCUGGAGCGAGCUGUACCCAUUGCUGUCGUCAAAGUCAGCGGAGCUGGAGCACCUGUGGCCGCUGGCUAGAGAUCAUCCAGAGAAGGUCUACACGGGCUUGACGGUACCGAGCCAGGUAGCGCCGUGGAAAGAGCAUAAUUCCCUGAAGAGCUUUAUGGCGGACGGCUUUACGGAUUUUCUGAAGAAGAAGGAUCCCAAGGCAGCCGAGACACUCGAGCGGAUGAGAAAGUCGGGUACUACUAGUCUCUGA